GUAACUUACAGUUAAUUGUUUUUCGCAAUCCUUAUUGCACGUUUUUUUGUCGUCUUUGUGCUCGUAAAAAAUUAUUUUUAAAUUUACAUAAUGGAACGCUACAAUCGCGUCUAUAGAGAUCCCGCAUCUCCAUUGGCCCCUAUAACUCCCCUCACGGAUGAAGCUUUUUCAUUUGAUGGUGUCACGCCCAGGGCAACCGGUGCUAAGAGGGGCUUAGCGAAAACUGGUCUUUUUGGAAUCCCAAAAGCCAAUAAUCUUACUGUUCCAGGAUGUCGACCAUCAGCAGCUUCAAAAAGUCUUUCAGACAGUCGUUUGCCUAAACGUUUUUCACGGAGUUUCAUGGAAAGACGAUCUGUAUUUUCACCAACUAGUCAAAGUACCCUUUUAAGUGGAGGAACUACUUUAGCCGGAGAUUCGUGCAUUCCGGUAGAUUCAAAGAUACGGACAAAAAGGGAGAACACUUCGAAACCGGAUAUUCGACUGCAUCAGGAAACGCGACUGAAGCAGGAGACAUCCAAGUUAAGAAGUGAAAGAUCAAAAAUUAAAAUGGAGGAGCCCAAGACUCCCGUGCCCAGUAUUAUUCAUUCACGUUACAAACCUUGCUCCCCAGUGGAGCACCCCACCUUAAGUCCUCGUGUUAAGACCCUGCUCGAUCGCACUGGGAAUAAACACCUCACGGAGUUAUUCACCCGUCAAGAGAUCGACAUCGAAGUGCUUAUCCAAAUGACCCUGGAGGAUCUGGCGGCGCUGGGGGUUCGAGGUGCCCGGGAGAUCAGGUUGGCCAUGAAUAUCAUCCAACUGGCCAAACAGUUCUUUUAAUUUUAUAAUUUCGUGAUUAUUUUAUAAUGUUUUAUGUCAUGUGGAUUUUCAUUUGUAAUUGAGAUUUUAAUAAAUGUUUAAUGUGGUCAUAAAA